AUGGCCUCAUCCUCAACGUGGAUUGCAUGCCGUAGUCGGUGCAUCUCCAAUGCUGCCACUGCUGCUGCCUUACAACAAGUGCGGCACUUCAACAAGUCUUGUGGACUAGUCGGCUAUCCUAACGUUGGCAAGUCGACAACCUUUAACGCCAUCAUCGGAGCUCAGCUGGCGGAAGCAGCCAACUUUCCCUUCUGCACGAUCGAACCCAAUAUCUCUAAGGCGAGCGUCCCUGACCCCCUCCUAGAUGAGUUAGCAAGAGUGGAAGGGUCCGCUAGGAAGGUCCCUGGCCAGUUGGAGGUCAGAGACAUCGCUGGGCUUGUGAAGGGUGCCAGUGAGGGCCAAGGGAUGGGCAAUAGCUUCCUUGCUAAUAUACGACAUGUUCAUUGCAUUAUACAAGUUGUACGCUGCUUCUCGGAUUCAAAGAUUGCCCACGUGGAUGACCCUGUGAACAUCGAUCCAGUCUCGGAGUUCGAGGCGAUCUCUGACGAGCUCCUUAUUGCGGACAUUGAAAUGGUGACACGGAAGAUGCCAAGUCUGAGGAAGCGAGCGUGUGCCGAGCCCGAAGCUAAGAAAAUGCUCCCACUGUAUGAGACGUGGUUGAAAGGCCUCGAGGAGGGAGUACCCGUUCGGAAUAUUCUCGAUACUGAUAAGCUCAUGGAGACCUUUGGGGCUAGAGUAACCACCGUGAUGCUGACCGACCCCCUGCUGUGCGUGUUGAUAACGGCCAAGCCGAUACUGGUCAUGGCCAACGUUCUACCUGAAGACGUGAAGUCCGGCAAUGAACACACGGAGGCUCUGCAGAAGCAUGUUGGAGAGAAGUGCCCUCGGGGUGUUGAGCUGGUGGUGGCCUCCUCUAUACUAGAAGAGGAGACGAGCUCUCUCGGUGGUGAUGCCGCCUUCUUGGCUGACUAUUUGAGCUCAUACGGCCUCACUGAGCCUAGGUUGCCACGCAUGAUGGAGAAAGUGAAGGGUCUCUUGGGAGUUUCCCACUACUAUACUUUGGGAAGUGAAGAGGCUCGGGCAUGGUUCAUUCAAAAAGGGGAGAAAGCCCCUGCGGCUGCUCGAUACGUCCAUUCAGAUUUCGAAAAGUUCUUCCUCACUGCCAAGCAGUGUCGGCCAGAGGAGGUCCUUAAACGUGGAGGCUUAGCUGGUGUGAGGGAUGCCGGUCUGAUCCGGAAUCGCGGUAAGGACUAUGUCGUCCAAGAAGGGGAUGUUCUCGAGUUCAUCGAUCGUGGUCGUCACUGA